AUGAAUCGUGCAGAUUCUAUGAAUCAAGAAUGCUCCUCUUACUCCCCUAAUUCUCUAAAUAUUAUUGAAGGUGACGACGAGCAGGACUCGAAUGCCGAAGCUUUUGCAGACAUAGCCAUGAGCAAUAUGAACAUGAAUAUGGAGCUACAUUCGAAGCCAAUAGAAACGUUAUUAGACUCAAGUGAGAUAGAAGAGAGAAGAGAAAAUCGUACGCCAAGUGCUUAUGAAGUAUUGCGGAAUGGUACAGUGCACUAUUCGAGACGAGAAGACAAGAUGCGUGCACUUGAGAAACACCCAGUGGUAGCAUCUGUGGCAGCUGAUGGACGCACUGUAGGCUGUAAAUGUGGACGCAACGUACGCUUGAACCCACCAUGGUACAUUCUUAAAUUUGAACAGCAUGUAGCAAGUCGUAAUUGCACAUUUCUAAGGCAAAACAAGAAGAAGAGAAAGCGAGUUACGAGAGGAAUUGAUGAAGGUUUACGACAAGAUAAGGAAAAGGAUACAUUGAUGGAAAAAAUAUCUCGACAGGAACGAGUAGUGGAUGGUGAAGAUGAAGACAGUGAUGAUGAUGAUGAACAUGACAACUACUCGUUGCAGUCAGUGGACACAAUACUUCGACGAGAGUUUGGAGUGGUGGUCAAUGGGCAGCGGAUACUUGUGCCGCCUUUAGAUACUUCUUCAAAUGAUCAAGUACAAAUGUACAAUAAUGCUGUGCUGCUGCGGGAUAAUCUGCAUUUCAAGCGGAUUACACCUGACGGAAAGUUUGUCGAGUGCAAGUGCUUGCGGAUCGUAUUGCUUAGUGCACCCUGGCAUCCUGGACAGUUCUUGAUGCAUGUAGCAGACAAGCAGAAACCCAAGAAACGAACAAAAACUGCUUCUGCUGCAGUGAUAAGUGUUGAGCGGAAGAAAAAUAAGAGAGUGCGCAUAGGGCGAAAAAAAAGUUUUCCACGCGAAAUUCGAUGGGAUAUUGCCCGGGCACGUGGGUUACUCCCAUGCCCUGGUCUGAGAGAUGAACGCAUGAAAACGUUUGUGACAUCUGCAAUUCAACUUACCGGAGGUGCACGGUAUCGACACAAAUUAGCUCGAGAACUUUUUCCUCAUCUUUUUUCGGAUAGCUCAGAGUACGACCUCGCUGACGAAGUAAACUAUGGCGUUGGGGUGAAUCAUUCCGUUAAUCGAAGCACUUUCAAAAAGCGACAACCUAAGCUUCAGCAGCUUCUCGAGGCCGAAAAAUUAUUGCUGCACGAUUUAAUCGAAGGUGAAGCACUAUGGUUUGUGGACAAAGAUGGCAAUUCGGUGCGCAGUCUGGAUUGUCUUGGAAUUGUUGAUUCGCGUAAGGGUGAUGUCCGAUGUGCAUCUUGCACUAUGCUGCGCAGCAAUGCGGCUUUGAGAACAGCAGCCGCAACGAAAUACAAGAUGGCAAUGCGAUCUGGGCCGCCUCGCAACCCGAUAAAUAGAAAGUUCUGUUCUGGGCGCGUAUGCUCGCUGCUUGAGGCCGAGUUCGAUAUGCGAGAGCCUUUUGCUCGAGUACUUCGUGAUUUGGCUCUCGCUGAUAUCCCGAGUGCAUUGAACACAUGGAUGGAAAUGGCUACGAUGGGACUCACGGGCGCCUUUAAUACUCACCCAGCAUUGCUUGGUCUAACUGAGGCAAUGGUGCGGCUGAAGGAUAAGGAACAACGUGGUGUGGGGUUGCAGAACAUGACGUACAGCAAUCUUCUCGAUAAGUUCAUGCAGUCACUUGCCGACUUAUCGCCUGAUGCUUGUGAGCUUUUCCAGAAACACUUGGGAGGGCGAAAACAACGACAAUUCCAAGCAACGGUAGUAAGAUCUGUCUUGCCUAACAAACGGAAGGUGCAACUUCAAACAAGCAGUGUUGUGUCCCGAACAGGCCAAGACCAGCAGACUGACGAAUCCCUCUACGAUGGCGUUGGGAACCCAUCUCCUGCCGUGCGUGUGACGAGCGACGAUGGUUUUGUGCACUUGUUGGACCCUUCUGUUGUUGGCCUUGAAAUGCCUCCUUUGUCUAUAUGCGAUAUUGACGACGUAGACCUCAGUACAUUUCCUGCGUCUUCGGCGAUACAAAUGCAUGGAAACCAAGUUAAUAACCCUGGUCAUGGUGAUGAAAUGGUCCCAACCAUGCCACCAGCAGUUGCGGCGUCGGCACUUACAUCCGAUUCCGACCAGUUGCCGGCAAUUGAACAAACUUGCAAGGAGCCCACCUGCCAAGGCAAUAUUUGUGUGAACUCAACGAACGGAGACACGAAUCUAGAAGUUCUCACGAACGCGGCAAAGCAGGAUCAUGAUGGCGUUAUUGAUGAGUCAACAGAGACUAAUGCUGACGGGCGAGUGGAGAGUGACCCUGACGCCGUGGUAUUCCUCACGGCGCUCACAGCGCCUGAGGAUAGCUGCAAGACUGACGAUGCCGUAAUGCCAAGUGACUAUGUGCCGUGUACAGGACUUCGUGAUGAAAAUGUGCAGGCAUAUGUUGCCAGUGCCGUUCAAAUUGUCGGAGGUAGCCGACCUCGCUAUGUAAUUGCACGUGAGCUGUUUCCACAGGUCUUUGGCAAUGACAAAAAAGUUCGUAUUGUCGACAAGCUGAGUGAUGAAGAGCGGCUAGUUUUGCAGGAUGCUGUAUUCAGCGAGUGCCUUUGGCGAGUGGACAAGGAAGGCCGUUGUGUUCGAAGUCUGCGCUGUAAGCGAUUUGUACCAGCUCCUGGAAUUCACGAUCGUGGCAGGUCUCAGAGCCAAGGCGUUUGCCGAGCCUGCCGCGAUCUGCGUACCGUGCCAAAUUUCCGCAGUGUGCUUAGUCGUUCCAAGAUGCCAAAGAAUCUCGAAAACAUUAAGUAUGUGCCUAGUGUGUACACUGAAAGCGAUCCAUUCCUGCGCAAGUUGUCGAAGAACUCGGCAUUCCGUAAACUCUACCAGUGUGUCAAAUACAUGACCACUCAAGCGGCCGGCAAAAAUAGCGAAGCUGGUGCCGAGCAACUCAAACGAGUGUACUUUUGGUUGCGCUUUGCUCGCAUGGGUGUCUUUGGACACUUCAAGUCACAUCCUGUCUUUGAAGGACUGAUGAAGAGCAUGGUGGAGGUCAAAGAUAAGGAGCGCCGUGGUGUAGGUAAACAGAACAUGCAAUACUCACCGGCAUUGGAUGAAUUCAUGCAAAAUAUGGUACAGAUAUCCACCGAAGCAUUUGAGCUCUUUGCUGCCAAGUUUUGCGGACGCACCCUGCGCUCACAAAAGGUCAAACGGCGAUCAACGAGUACAACUUCUAUGAUGCUCACGACGCCAGCGAAGACGGCAGAACCAACUUUACUUGAAGGUAGCAGCAAUGACAUGGUUUUCCCAGCCCAUCAAUCGCUAACCCAGCUUCAACCUCCUCAGCACCAGCAUUACCUCAUGGCACCUGACGACCUACUUAGUGGACGAAGCUUGACGUCUGAGGAAAGCCAGCGCUUUAUGGAUCGCAUGCUGGACGAGGUCCGUCUCUCAGUGAGCCGUGAAAUGCAGUUCAUAGAAGAGGAGGAGCGUCGUCGCGGUGUUGGAAAUGCCAACGAUAUCUCGGUCACUUCUGCUGAGCAUGAGCAGCACACUGACGAAGACGACGACGAUCGCAUCGGCCCGGAGACGUACCUGAAUGACGACGGAGUGCUCACUACAGAGAUUUAA